CGAAAAUUUAAGCACCCCAACCAGCCAAUCAAUCAAUCAAUCUCUGGAAAUCUCACUAUUUUUACACACUAAAGAUUUAUCCAAAAACCCUCCGAUCCUUAAAACCCAAACUUCUCCUAUUUCUGUUCCCCACCGCUCUCUUUUUUUUUGGGUCAUAUAUCCUCUCCUUUUUCUUCUAAAAUUUUCUAUUUUCUAGUGUUUUGUUAAUUUUAUUUUUUAUUGAAAACCCUAGAUUUCUGUUUUCUUCUUCUCUUUGGGUCUGCUUUUGUUUUGCAGACAGAGGAAUUUGGAGAGUUGGAGCGGUGUGAGACAUUCCUGAUCCAAUGGAGGCCGCGGCCAGUGUCGCCGCCUCGCGGAGCGGCUCGUUGCCGAUGCAAUCAUCGUCGCGGAAAGAGUGGCGUGCCGUUUCCGACAAUCAUGUGGUUCGGAACCCCGGGGAUGAUGUGGGAUUGGACAGAUCAAAGUUGGGACAAUCUGAUGAGAGAACCUUAUAUGAGAUGCAACAUGGAGGAGAGCCUGCUGAUGCUGACUUCUUUCCGAUCACGGUGGAUGGAAGUCUAGACGUCGACAUAUUGCAACAGCGAAUCCACGAUGUUGCCAGACAGAGAGAGCAGCUCCAGCAGAUGGAAGUUGAACUGCGAGCUCAAGCAAUUGCUAGAUCAAGUGUUCUGGAAAUGCAGAGCAGAUAUGAUGCUGAAAUCAAAGCCCAUGCCAAUACUGCUGCCAAGCUUGAGGAGCAACUCCGUGAAAGUGAACAGACCAUACAUCAGUUGGAAAGGAAAAUGGAAGAGAAAGAUAGAGAAUUACAUGCCAUAAAAGUGGAAAAAGAAGAGGCCUGGGCAAAGGAAGACCUCCUCAGAGAACAAAAUAAGGAACUAGCAACUUUUAGAAGAGAGCAUGAUCAUUCAGAAGCAGAGAGAGCCCAGCAUAUAAAACAGAUACAUGAUCUUCAAGAGCAUGUUCAAGAAAAAGAGAGGCAGAUUAUUGAGUUGCAGGAACAGUAUAGGGCUGCUCAGGAAGCCAUUCUUUUUAAGGAUGAACAGUUGAGAGAGGCCCAAACUUGGCUUUCACGUGUCCAGGAGGUGGAUGUUUUGCAGUCAAGUACAAACCACACCUUACAGGCUGAAUUAAGAGAACGGACAGAGCAAUAUAACCAGCUGUGGCAUGGCUGUCAGAGACAGUUUGCAGAGAUGGAGAGACAUCAUUUACAUACGGUGCAUCAGCUUCAACUUGAACUGGCUGAUGCAAGAGAGAGGAAAGGUACUUAUAGUGAUGAAUCACGUCUAACACAAGCAAAUUCAAAAGAUUUACCUCAAUUUGGUCAACAUAAUGGAAACCAAGUGGAUUCUAAUGGAAGUGGUGCAACAAAUGUGAAUACUGGGGUAAUUUCAAAGGGGGCUUCAGCCAGUGUUCAACCAUUUUCUGGCAAUGCAUCAAAUCUGAAUCAGAAUGAUCAUGUUCGAAGUGGUCCGAUUGCUCCACUUGGUAUGCCUGCUUAUCUCCCACCUGAGCAGGUUACUGCUCUGCAGUCAUUUGUCAUGCAUCAACAGGGGGUUCCUCAUUCUGUGGUAUCCCAUGUUGGACCCUACUCAAUGCAAGCAAUGUCAUCCGUCCAACAGUGGCAGAACCAACAGGUUUCAUCAGAGGGUUUCCAGCCUUCUGGACCGAAUCAACUUCCACCAUCGCAAACCGAUCAAAGCCUUGGGAGGUCAGACGUAAGUCAUGAGUGCGAAAUAUCUGUUGAUGGACAAGCCAUUUGUCCAGACCAUGUAGAUCAUAUAAGCCAAGGGUCAGAGUCGAUUUCUGUAAUAUCAUCAUCUACUGGAAAAGCACAGGUCGUUGAGUCAAUUAACUCAAGUUACCUUGUGAAACCCCAAUCUGAGCCAAACUUGCAACAGAUUUCUUCACAAUUUCAUGAUGCAUUGAAAUUGGGCACUCUUGAACAGAGCUGUGAAUCCAAGGAACAGAAUAUGCUUAACAUGAAAAAUCAUAUGUUGAAGGACCAAGAUCUAACGGUGGAAGAAGGAAGUACUGCUGCCAGUGCCAGCCUAUCUCCUCCUGAUUCUUCAGUGCAGUCUGUUGGUUCCUGUGAAACAACAAUCAGCAAUGGCACUGGUGCUAUUUUGCCCAAAAAGUCUGUAACAACUGAGCAGACUAAUAUAUUGAUGCCAGGUAAGACUUCAGAGGCUGCUCUGCUUGAGGAAAGAGCAUUGUUGGCCUGCAUUGUUCGUACAAUUCCACCUGGUGGUAGAAUUCGAAUCAGUUCAACGCUACCAAAUAGGCUGGGGAAAAUGCUUGCACCUUUACACUGGCAUGAUUACAAGAAAAAGUAUGGAAAGCUGGAUGACUUUGUAGCCGUUCACCCUGAGUUAUUUGUAAUUGAGGAUGAUUAUAUUCGGCUACGGGAGGGAGCACAGGAGAUAAUAGCAGCCACAGCUGCUGUUGCUAAAGUUGCUGCAGCUGCCGCAGCCUCAUCUCCUCACUCCACAUUUUUGCCUUCUGUUGCUGUUACUCCGAUUGCACCACCUAACCGACUAAAGAAAGGAGUCCCAUCAGUUGAUUCCAACCAUGUGAGGAAUGAGAAUGCUGUUUUCAAGAAGCAAGCAGCUGUCUCUAAAAAUGCUGCUGAUGAUCAUUCGCAGCUGUUAGGAAUGCAGAAGCAACAACCGAAUGGCAUUUCUUUUGGUGUGGCCGGUAGUCUCUCAAAUGUAAAAAUAUUGAGCAAAUCUAAAGACCCUAGAGAAAUUAAUGGAGCCAAUUUUGAGAGAACAAGUAUUGAAAGCAAGGCCUCUGGUCAUGGAAGGUCUAAUUCGAAUUUUGUUGGAAAACAGGACAGGGCAACUGGGGCAGCAUUAACUUCUAGAAGAUAGCUUGUGCAUUUACCUCAAUUGUGAGUUGUCUUCAGGAUACAGCGAAUCUCGAUGUUGAGUCGUGGAUCAUGCAUUAAGCUGAUUGCAAUAAUUUUGGGAUAUGAUUUUAUAGUUUGAUUGUAUCUCUUGAGAUCUUGGUCAUCAGCUGUCUUUUCCAUCUGUGAAAAAUUCUCUGAUUGGAACCUAAGGUGACUAUUUUUAAAUUAUUUUUUUGCCUAUUGGCCCUCGAUCCAUCAGAAAACCAAACUAUUUAUUUUACUGUGUUAUUGUCAAACACUAAAGCUGCACAUUUUAUUUACUGCAUCAGUAUCCAAUUAUUUCUCUCAUUUUUCA